AUGGGCGGCAAAGUCGCGAAACGUUCAUUGAAUGCCUGCACACGAUGCCGGAGGCAGAAGAUCAAAUGCUCCGGAACGCAGCCGUGCGAUGGCUGCACCAAACGCAAAUUGACCUGCGUCUUCGAUGAUAGCGAGCAAAAGAUUCUUGUCACCAAAGGAUACCUCGCUGAGCUGGAGCAAAAGCUGGCGAGCAUACAACAGAAUGAAAAAAGCGACCCCUGUCCCCUCAGCCCCGAUGAUCUCGACGACAGAUCUCCUGGUAUCUUCAGUCAACCGAAGAUCCAUCGUGAUGUGCCGGAUAAUGCGUCGGAACCCGAACUGGACGACGCGGCCUCGAGUUUAAAAAACCCUCUAUCGAGCGGGCCGCCGGCAUUUAUGUCUGCAGCGAAUGGGAGAAUGUUUUACUUGGGGACAUCAUCGAACUGGUCGUUUACGCGUAGGGUCCUGAGCCUUACACAUGAACAUAUACAUCAAGAGCCUCUUCCUGCAGGAACUUUACUUUUCGAAGGACUGACAUAUGACCUUGGAUGGGAUGGAAUGCGAACAACCCCAUCCCUGGAAAUACCGGUCGUCCCAUCUCUCGACCACACAAUCUAUCUGAUCAAUGCUGUGAAAUUCCGCUGCGGCCAAAUCUAUCAUCUGUUCGAUGAAUCUGAGUUCAUGACCUCGCUGCACGAAUUUUAUUCAAAUCCAGGACCAGCAGCGACUGGAAGCCUAUGGUACAUCCACUUCCUUCUGAUUCUUGCUUUUGGGAAAGCAUUCGUACAACAAAAGUUCCCAGACAACAGACCACCAGGCUCUGAAUAUUUUGUCAAAGCUCUGCAACUCUUGCCAGAUGCGAGUGUCUUUCAUCGAGAGCCUAUUGUAUCAACAGAGAUUCUAUGCUGCAUUGCACUUUACCUACAGUCCCUCGAUCAUCGGUCCUCUGCUCAUAACUACAUUGGACAAGCAAUGCGACUGGCUAUGGCGCAAGGCAUGCACACCCAGAUGCCGGUAGAGUAUCUGGGGGAGAUCAGGGUAGAGAGGUGCCGCGAGAUCUGGUGGACCGUGUACAUCUUGGAUCGAGAAAUGACCUCUUUGAUGGGGUUGCCUCAAUCCAUCAAUGACGACCAUGUGUAUACCCAGCUUCCCACGUUCUCAGGAUCUGCGCGAAAGAUAUCCGCGCUCGGCAUGCAGAUCAAGUUGUCUCGGAUCAUUGCAGAGAUCAACAGCACUGUCUACGCUAUCGAUGGACGACUAAAUCGAACUUUCCUUCUGAGCACCAAAACGGCCCUGGCGAAUAUCGCCGGGCUCGCCGAUGAGCUUCAUCUAUCCUUCCCCCUGCACUUGGAUCGAGCGAUCAGCGGUAUCUCCAGGAACCCAGCCUACCUCCAUCUCCUCUAUCACCAAUGCAUUGUGUUGGCAACGCGGCCAUUGAUGUUUUGCUUCCUGAAAAUACAGUUCGAGUCGCCAGACUCCUACGUGGGUUACUUGAAUACCUCGCGCAACGUCCAAAGCCUGAUACAGAUGUGCAUGGACUCAUCCCAGCAGAUCGUCAGCAUUCUUCACAGUCUACAUUCCGAAGGACUCCUCGAAACAUUCCUCCCAUUUGAUCUUGACUCAAUAUUCAUGUCAACAACAGUCCUCCUCAUUGGCCUCGCAAUCGACACCAAGAUGCUAGAUAACCACCCUGGAUGGGUGGACAAAGCCUACACAAUUUUCGAUGAGAUCGUGCAAAGCGGGCACCUGAUCGCCAAAUUCCGGCGAGCCGAGCUACAACAGCUCGAGGAAAUGCUCAGCAUCGUUCCCAGGGACCAGGCUCGAUGUCUCUCAGUGCCUGUUUCAUUUCCGCAGAACCAGAGCAGCUUGUCCCAGCAUGUGCCGCUGGCGAGCUCGUUUCCGUCGUCGGCUACGCACGCCCUUCAGGCUGAUGAUAUCAUGCCCGAGUCCAAUGCGGUGAUUGCCGAUGACUGCACUUUCACUGCUGGGUUGACGGCGGCGCAGAUUAUGGCGGUGGCGAACUCGAUUGAGAGUAUUGAUACCGAGUGGAUGUCUAACACGAUGAUAGAGCAUAGUAUCUGGUAG